ACGACAUCCAGUACCCUGACUCCAUCUUCAAUACAUCAUUUUCGCCGAGAUCGACUUCGGGACGUCCUGUGAUAAAUCGCGACAGCAAGGCAAUCGCGUUGAAAACGUACGACGAAAAGGAAAAAUUCCUGAAAAAUCUCUUGGAGAGACGCAAAAAGAACUUGAAUGAGUCCAUUGAGAUCGAAAAGCUGCGUGUCGAUGCCGAAGCCGACUGGAAAGCCAUUACGGAGAACGAAACGCCGACACAUGAACCGAAUCGCAGCCAGGAAGUCCUUCACAAAAUCUACGAGCUUGAAAGUCGUGCGCGCGACAUCCAAAUCGAGGAUCAAAGUCUCAAGGAGAACGAACAGUCAUUCCUGGAAAUGUUGCCGGAAGAGGAAGCUGCCAAGCUGCAGGAAGAGGCGCAACGUCAAGAGGAAGAAGCGAAGGAGAAAGAACGUAAAAAGUUGGAAUACGAAGCAGCUCAGAAGCGUCUCGCCGAGGAACGUGAACGAAAAUUGAAAGAAAGUCGCGUUUUGCGAGAAAAAGUUCCGAAGCCAGUGCCGCCACCGCAACCGAAACAGCAGCCUGCACGACCAAAACAACCUCACAUUCCGGACCGGAGUGCCAAACCGCAUUUUGAGCCGGUCUUCAUUCCGGAGAUAAAGAGAGAUUUUUCGCCCGUUCGCGGCGGCAUG